AUGAUCGUCUCCAAGCAGGCUCUGUACGCUAGCCACCACCAUCUUUCAACACAUAUCCGCGGCGGCGGUGGUUCAAGUUCCAUCAAGCUACGGCACCUUUCAUCCGGGCAAAACCCGCCGGAAAGUGGUCGUAAUUCUACCAGAUCGGUUUGCAAGAAUGCUAUGAAUGGGACUAUUAAUGGUGGGAUAAAUGCUGAGGAAGUGGUGUUGUAUGAAGAAGGAGGAAGAAUAAGAAAAGUUAAAUGUGAAGUAGAAGUAAUAUCGUGGAGGGAACGUCGUGUUAAAUCAGAGGUUCAGGUAGAUGCUGAUGUUGAUUCGGUGUGGAAUGCUCUUACGGAUUAUGAAAGGCUUGCUGAUUUCAUCCCCAAUCUAAUAUUUAGCGCAAGGAUUCCAUGUAUGCAUCCAGGAAGGAUAUGGUUGGAGCAGAGAGGGUUGCAGAGGGCACUGUAUUGGCAUAUUGAAGCUCGUGUAGUUUUAGAUCUCCAAGAAUUUCCUAACUCAGCAAAUGGUCAUGAACUCCACUUCUCUAUGGUUGAUGGAGAUUUCAAGAAAUUCGAAGGCAAAUGGUGUAUAAAACCUGGGAAAAGGUCUUCAAAUGCAAUCCUAUCUUAUGAAGUUAAUGUAAUCCCAAACUUCAAUCUUCCAGCAAUAUUCAUGGAGAGAAUUAUUCGAUCUGAUCUCCCUGUGAAUCUUCAAGCUUUAGCACGAAGAUCAGAGAGAAAUUUUGAAGGAAACGAGAAUAUAACUACAAAAUUUCAUUCGGGUUCUAGUUCUAGUUCUACCACCAUAGAUAUUGAUGGCACAAUUGACAAAAAUACCCCUACUGUAGAUGUGAAGGAAAAUGAUCCAAGUUCUAGUUUUAGUCCCUUGUCAAAACCUAAUGCUGAAGUAAACAAUAAUUGGGGAGUGUUUGGUAAAACUUGUGAUAUUAAUAGCCCUUGCAAAGUUGAUGAAAUUCAUCUUCGAAGAUUCGAUGGCCUUUUGGAAGAUGGAGGUGUUCAUCGGUGUGUUGUUGCAAGCAUAACUGUGAAAGCUCCUGUUCGUGAAGUGUGGAAUGUUUUGACUUCUUAUGAGACUCUUCCUGAGAUAGUUCCAAAUUUAGCUAUUAGCAAGAUUUUAGCACGAGAGAACAACAAAGUUCGGAUUCUUCAGGAAGGAUGCAAGGGGUUGCUUUACAUGGUGCUUCACGCACGUGUUGUCCUCGAUUUAUGUGAACAUUUGGAGCAAGAGAUAACAUUUGAGCAAGUUGAAGGUGAUUUUGAUUCUUUCAAAGGAAGGUGGUUAUUAGAGCAACUUGGGAAUCACCACACACUAUUGAAAUACAGUGUGGAGUCAAAGAUGCAUCAAGGAUCCCUGCUUUCAGAGGCCAUUAUGGAAGAGGUCAUAUAUGAAGAUCUUCCAUCAAACUUAUGUGCAAUACGCGAUUACAUUGAGAAAAAGCAAACAGAAAACUCGAUUAGAUCCAUUGUGAUGCAUACAAAUGAUCUUGUUUCAAAUGAGCAUCCAUCAAAACGAAAUGAUAAAAAUCCAUCUAGACAAAGAAACCGAGUUGUUGGGUUGCAUAAAGAUAUAGAAGUAUUAAAAUCCGAGCUUCUGAAAUUUAUUUCAGAACAUGGACAAGAAGGGUUUAUGCCAAUGAGAAGUCAACUUAGGAAACAUGGAAGGUUUGAUAUGGAAAAAGCUAUUUCUCGAAGGGGUGGAUUUAGAAAAUUUGCUUCGUUGAUGAAUCUUUCACUUGCUUACAAGGAUCCUAAACCAAAAGGGUAUUGGGAUCAACUUGAGAAUUUAAAAGAAGAGAUUAGUCGUUUCCAAAAGAGUUGGGGGAUGGAUCCAACAUUUAUGCCUAGUAGAAAAUCAUUUGAGCGUGGAGGUCGGUAUGACAUAGCACGUGCAUUGGAGAAAUGGGGAGGCCUACAUGAAGUAUCGCGUCUUCUCUCACUUAAAGUGAGGCAUCCUAACAGAAUGAGAAGCAUUGUGAAUGAUGGUGACAAGUCAUCAUCUAAACAUGAUGUUUCACAAGACACACAAAAAUGGCUUGAGAGACUUAAAGAUUUGGAUAUAAAUUGGGUAGAAUAAUAAUAAAUGUUUGAUAAAUUGGUAAAUAGUGUUGUCUCGACUUGUAUAUAUAUGUUUUUUUAUUUAAUCUGUACAAAUAACUUAAUGGGU